CGGUUCAGUUGUAGGGAGCGGCUCUACGUGACAAAGCUCACAGCAUUGUUAUAUUGGAAACGAAGCCACUACAGAAUAUAAAUCUGACUGCAUUUAAACCUUCAUGUGUUUAUAGUCAUCCAUAUUAUUACUACUAUUCACAAAGUCCAUGUGAAUGCUCUCCAAUGCUUCAGGGAUACUAAGCGAAUAAUGUAUUUUGCUCGUCCAGAUCUAAGCUAAAGAUUUCAAUGCAUUUCUAUGAUGAUAAAUAUCUUUCAAAUUCUGAAUUAAAGGUGCCUUUUGUGUGUGGCUUAGUGUUAGAUGUCUGUGGUAUAACUAAAUAGUCUUAAUCAUUAAAAAACUGAAAUAGUUUGGCAUCUCUUACCAUUUUCUUUAGCAGUGGAGCAAUUUUGAGAAAAUAUGUUUGAAAUACUUGGAAAAACUUUUGACAUUUGAAUGUGUAUACGGUCUUUAAAUUAAAGUAAACAACAAAAAAACAGUUUGACCUUUUGAUUACACUUUUUGUUCAGGUCAAAUGGAAUAACCUGUAAGAACACCUGAUAUUCAUAAUUUAGACAUCCUCAUUUUUUAGAAAUGUGCAGAUGGGGAAUGCAUCAUCAAACAUAGGUUACUACUACAUGCUACUAACCUACAUUUGUAUAUUUAACUCCGAGAACCGCACAAUAAAACGCAUCUCGGCCCAUUUUCCGCUGAUUUCUCCUUGACAUAGUUUAAUUCAUGACUCCAUUCAUUACGUGAGACGAGGAACACAGAGCUUAGGAUGCGUUACCAGGUAAGGGAGUGAACGAGUGCAGCCAUAGCAACGCGACUGAUGUAGUUGUCUGGUGACAUUGGGACGCGGAGUAAAGCUACUAACUGCCCACGUCUGCGCUUUCGCAAUCUGGCUGCGUCAGGGUUCAUCUCAAAGCAACGCUGUCAUGGACGAAGCGGAGGACGGCGAUGAAGACCACAAAGAGAUCCUUGACUCUUCCUACAAGAUGAAGACUGUAACACCAGGAGGGGGAGCAACGAGCAGGAUCUCCAACAACAAGGACUUCGCCUCGGUCUCAUGUGGACGCAGCACGGAAUCCGCCGCGCUCCUCUGUCACGGAGAUGAUUCCAGGAGCGGGUUUGACGGCGAGGAUGGCACCGGAAUGAGAUGCGUUAUCAACGGAGACUGCCGAAGAGACGAGAGCUUGUCCUCAAACCUCUCCAAGCAGGAGAAGCAGACAGGUGGAGGCUUCCCAGCAUCUGCAUGUCACUCCAGCACCUCCAGCAUGGACGGCUCGGUCACUCCUGCCCCGACCGCCGUUGCUCCCGCUGACAAGAAGGACUCCAGAGUUUCCUUCUCCAACGCCCCCCCUGUCCACGGACCGACCCCGAACCAGCCGGCCAAUUCUGUGGGCUUUCCCAAGUUUGAGGAUGGCCAGAUCACGGCAGAUGAUGGGGAAGCCAGGGACAAUCAAACUUACAUGCAGAGGCAAUUUAGCUCCAUGCUACAGCCUGGGGUCAACAAAUUCUCUCUGCGUAUGUUUGGGAGCCAAAAGGCAGUGGAAAAGGAGCAGGAACGAGUCAAAUCGGCUGGCAACUGGAUUAUUCAUCCAUACAGUGAUUUCAGGUUCUACUGGGAUUUCACAAUGCUAAUGUUUAUGGUGGGCAACUUGAUUAUCAUUCCUGUGGGCAUCACCUUCUUCAAGGAGGAGACCACCACCCCUUGGAUUAUCUUCAACGUAGUGUCCGACACAUUCUUCCUCAUGGACCUGGUACUGAACUUCCGUACAGGCAUUGUCUACGAAGACAACACAGAGAUAAUACUGGACCCUGAAAAGAUCAAGAUGAAGUACCUGAAGACGUGGUUCGUGGUGGACUUUGUUUCAUCCAUCCCGGUGGAUUAUAUCUUUCUCAUCGUUGAGAAAGGCAUUGACUCUGAGGUUUACAAGACUGCCAGGGCAUUGCGGAUUGUGCGUUUCACCAAGAUUCUCAGUUUACUGCGACUACUUAGACUGUCCAGACUGAUUCGUUACAUCCAUCAAUGGGAAGAGAUCUUUCACAUGACCUAUGACCUGGCCAGUGCGGUGAUGCGCAUCUUCAAUCUGAUUGGCAUGAUGCUGCUGCUGUGCCACUGGGAUGGCUGUCUGCAGUUCCUGGUGCCCAUGUUGCAGGACUUUCCUUCGGACUGUUGGGUGUCCCUUAACAAGAUGGUGAACGACUCCUGGAGUGAGCUGUACUCCUUUGCUCUGUUCAAGGCCAUGAGCCAUAUGCUGUGCAUCGGGUACGGACGCCAGGCCCCAGAGAGUAUGUCUGAUAUCUGGUUGACCAUGCUGAGUAUGAUCGUGGGAGCCACCUGUUACGCCAUGUUCAUUGGCCAUGCCACCGCCCUCAUACAGUCGUUGGACUCUUCCCGGCGCCAGUACCAGGAGAAGUACAAGCAAGUUGAGCAAUACAUGUCUUUCCACAAACUUCCGGCCGACUUCCGGCAGAAGAUCCAUGACUACUAUGAGCACAGAUACCAGGGCAAGAUGUUCGAUGAGGAAAGCAUUUUGGAAGAACUGAACGAGCCAUUACGAGAGGAAAUAGUCAACUUCAACUGCCGGAAGCUAGUGGCGUCCAUGCCGCUCUUCGCCAACGCAGAUCCCAACUUUGUGACAGCAAUGUUAACCAAGCUCCGCUUCGAGGUCUUCCAACCAGCAGAUUACAUAAUUCGAGAGGGAACUAUCGGCAAGAAGAUGUAUUUCAUUCAGCAUGGCGUAGUCAGCGUCCUGACCAAAGGGAAUAUCGGCAUGAAGCUCUCUGACGGCUCCUACUUUGGGGAGAUCUGCCUGUUGACCCGUGGAAGACGAACCGCCAGCGUACGGGCGGACACCUAUUGCCGACUGUACUCGCUCUCCGUAGACAACUUUAAUGAAGUACUGGAGGAGUACCCCAUGAUGAGGAGAGCGUUUGAGACCGUAGCCAUCGACCGCCUUGAUCGAAUAGGCAAGAAGAACUCGAUCCUGAUGCACAAAGUACAGCAUGAUCUUAACUCUGGCGUCUUCAACAACCGUGAGAACGAGAUGAUCCAGGAGAUUGUGAAGUAUGAUCGGGAAAUGGUUAAACUAGUUAAACAAGGAGACAUGCAGAGGCCCAGGGCCAUGUCCAUGACUCCUUCAACUCAUGGGGGCAUGUUUGCACCUUCUAGUCAACCCUCUACAAGUUCUGCCAUUGCUACCCUCCAGCAGGCUGUUGCUAUGAGCUUUUGUCCCCAGAUGGGCAACACUUUAGUGGGUUCUGGGGCAGUCCAGUCACCCCGCAUGGUGCGGCGCUUCCAGGUGGUCCAGAGCCAGACGCCUCCAGGCUCCCAGUACUCAACCUUAGCCCUUGCCUCUGCUCUUGCAAACACACCUGUCCAUAGCCCUCUGGCAACUACAGGACGAACAUUUCAGUAUGGAUCUAGUCCCCCGGGUGCACCCUCAGGCUCCCAGUUAUCCCUUGUACAACACGUCCCCAGUCCAACACAUCGACCACCAGUCCCCAGGAGCGCUUUAAGCCAGGAUGCCCGUGCCCUAUCCGCCUCCCAGCCAUCAUUACCCCAUGACAUGGUGCAGCCAGUUGCCCCAAGCCCUCCCCAGUCCACCAGAGUCUCCUCCACUUCCAUCGGUCCCCCUCAGAACCUCCCAGGCCCUGCUGGUAUUAGAGGAAGUAUCCCGCCAAGAAUGGCACUACCCCACCAAAUGUCUGUAGGUGCAUUUCCUCCUGCCUCCCUCCCCCAGAUGAGACCCAGUUUGGAUUCAGGACUGCCCAAGAAGGAUUCAAUAAUCAGUCUACCAGAAACUGAACAACAUCACAUCAGAUCUAGAUUAUCAUCAAAUUUGUGACCACAAUAGUGUUGGCAGGCUUUGCCUAGGUUAGGAACAUGUGGACUCUCCUUCACCAAGAACGCUUCCUGACCCCUUGUCACACCUUUGGAUUUUACUCUCAGAAUGUAUGUGGUGCGACUGGUCACAAGGGAAAACAAUCCCUUGAGACUUGAUAGCAUAAAAUGAACAUGUCUGUAUCAUUCUUACCACUAUUGGGACAUUUCCAUUGUACCUAUGAUAUAAACAUCAAUGUAGCUUCCACCCUCACAAUUUGCCUCUUUGAAAUGGUUUUCUUUAUUGUAGCUGCUCACAAAGAUGUUCCCACUCCCUUUUAUAUACUGUAGUACAAAUGAUGCAAACUGAUAUGUGUCUGAAUACCGGGACUUAGCAGUUUGCUUCUGAUCACAAUGUAGGAGCUUACUCCCUCUUCUCAUUAUGAACCGGCUAGUCAUUAGCUAUUUAACCUAUAAUGCACAAUAUUAGAAUUGUUAUAGAAAAAUAAAGGUGUAUUCAAUGGCUCAAGAGUCCCAAACCGGUUUCAAAAGGAGAUGUAUUCUUACUGGAACUUCUGUCCAUGUCUUUGUCUUAUUCCUUCAGACCAAAGUUGGGCCAAAGGAAAAUGUUAACAUGAGAUGACAUGUAAAGAUGUGUCAAAUGACAUGAAAGGUUAAAAACAAAUAUAAUUUCAUUGCCUUGA